AUGGCCGUUCUCACUGAACUGAUCAACAACCCCUAUGUGGUACAAGGCGUGUGUGUUGCCUUGGUGGCGGUCUUCAUCACUAGCAUUUGGGAUGAUAUAGUGGAUGAGAUCCCUCAUCGCCGGAUUCCUUUGGUGGGAAAGACCUGGUGGGAGAUCACCAACAAAAAGGCCCGGUCACGCUUCACCCAGUCAUGUCGUGAUUUGAUUGCCGAGGGAUUUGCACAGGGAGCCAAUGUCUUUCAGAUAAUGGGGUCAACGCAACCCAUGAUUGUGUUGCACCCGAAAUAUAUCGAUGAGGUCAAGAAUCACCCGGACUUGAGUUUCGACGACGCUAUUAAAAAGACCUUUUUCUCUAACCGCAUUGCUGGCUUCGAGCCGUUCCACAAUGGAACUUCUUUGAAAGUCACCAUCGAGGUCGUUCGCACCAAGCUGACCCAAGCCCUUGGAUCUUUGUCCAUUCCCCUCUCCAAGGAAUCUUCUUCAACGGUGAAAGAGGCACUGCCACCCACCGAUGAAUGGACACCUUAUAAUUUUGCGCACAAGAUACCAUAUAUGGUUGCCCGCGUCUCCUCGCUGGUCUUUGUCGGAGAGACAAUCUGCCACGACGACGAGUGGAUCGAUGUAUCAGUCAACUAUGCCAUUGACGCCUUCGGAGCUAUGCGCGACCUGCGCACUUGGCCAUCCGUCCUGCGCCCAAUCGUUCAUUGGUUCCUCCCAUCAGCCCAGAAGCUGCGCAGUCAUCUGUCCAAAGCAAACACUAUCAUCAACAAAGAGAUUCAAAGACGCGCGCUGAUUCGGGAAGGAAAGAUCCCAGCCGAAGACCCGCCUCACAAGACCGAUGCCUUGGACUGGUUCCGUGAGACUGCCGAGGCACAGCAGAACUUCGGCUUUGAUCAGGCUCGCUCUCAAGUCGGAUUGGCCCUGGCGGCCAUCCAUACCACCUCCAACCUGCUGACCAAUAUCAUGUACGACCUCGCUGCGUACCCGGAGUAUUUCCAGCCACUGCGUGAGGAGAUUUGUGCCGUGGCCGCUGAGGAUGGGGUACUUAAGAAGACUAGCUUGCUCAAGCUCAAAUUGAUGGACAGCAUCAUGAAAGAGUCGCAACGGACCCACCCACUAUCGUUGACCUCCUUGAACCGCUUCACUCUUCAGAAGAUCGUUCUCUCAGACGGCACCGUGCUACCUAAAGGCGCCAACAUCUCGAUCUCCACCAAACCCCUCGAGGACGACGAGAUCUACCCCAACGCAGCCACCUACGACGGCUACCGAUUCCUCAAGAAGCGCCAGGAGCCCGGCAACGAGCACAGACACCAGUUUGUCACGACUACCACAGACCAUUUCGUUUUCGGCCACGGUGUCCACGCCUGCCCCGGCCGCUUCUUCGCUGCCAAUGAGACCAAGAUCCUGCUACUUCAUCUGUUGAUGAAGUAUGAUUGGAAAUUGCAGAGCGAUGGAAGACCUAAGAACUUUGAGAAUGGUACUGAGUCUAUCACCGAUCCUACGAUUGAGAUGUUGUUCCGGUCUCGGCAGCCUGAAGUUGAUUUGAGUUUCUUGGGGGAGUAG